UAUUGUUAUACGAUAGAUAUUAUUACUUAGAAAUUACUAUUAUUAGAAAACUAAUUUAAAAGUUAAUCUUCGAUUUAUACAUCUGGUUCUUUUGUAUUUUUUUUCUGGUUUUUUUUUUUUUUCCUCUAAAAAUCAACGCUCUUUACAUAAAAAUUUAACGAUAAAUUGAUGAAAUCCAUCAAGCAGUAGUAAGAGAAAUCCCUUUUUUUUUAAUAAUUAAAUCAAAUGACAAUAAAAAAUUUGCACUUAUAUUGUUUGCUCAAAUAUUAAAAUUAAAAAAUAUGGCUGUAAUUACUAUCGUACAUUCGUAAAUAUAUAUUUUAAUGUUGCUUGUCGAAACAUAAUUUUAGUAUUUAGUGCUAGUAUCAAGUGAUUUAUGUGUCAUAUUAAACAAGAUGUCUGGAAGGCAACGUGGUCUAUUCCGAAUGAUAUUUAGAGAUUUUUUAGCAUCAAUCAGACCUAAUAUUAGUAGACCAAAGUUGAUGGGAGAAGAUUAUUUCGGAACUAAAUAUUAUGAAGUACCAAUAAGUUCCACAUCUAUAAAAAAGAAACCUGCUCGAUAUUUUAAAGCUAUAAACAAUGAUUUUGAACAAGAAAUACCUGCAGAAUGGGAAGCUUGGUUGAGAUAUCGUAGAAAGGAACCACCAACUUUCAUAGAAAUUGAGACAAAUUAUAAAAUUCAAAUAAGUAAAAAAAUGAAUGCAACUAAAUUAGAAGCUUCUAAUAAAGAAUUAGCAACUUUAAAGAAAACUAAUAUACCUGUUGAAAAACAUGGAUAUGAAAGCUUUCCCGUCUAUGAGGAGUAUAAUUCUACGGGAAUAAAGAAGAGGAAUAUAAAGGAGUUUUAUAUAUGUUUAUAUAUGAAGUAAAAUAUAUUAAAAUUU